GGCGGCGAAGCUGUGCGGAGCCGGGGAGGCAGCGGCCCCCGUGCGGGGGCGACGCUGGCGAUCGUGCUGGAGCGCGAGGGUGUCGGGGUGUGUGCAGGUGGAGAGGACGCGUGGCGCAGUUGGCCCUCUUGGAGCCUCCUGGGAUGGCGGGAUGGAGGCGCCCGGGUGAAGGGAACCUCGCCUUUGGGGAAUGAAUGAAGAGCUGUGAAAGCGCCUUCCGACUCCUCCGGGCGAACGGAUUGGCCGGCGUGCGCGCGCGUGUGUGCGUGUGUGUUUAGGUUUCGGAGGCGCCUGGGUCCUGGGCGCGGCUGCUUGGCCGCCCCGUCGCGGCCCUGGUGCCCACGCUGCCCGCCCGCCCCGCGCCCGGGCUCGGCCCUCGCGGCUGGAGAGGCCGGCGGAGACACUGAAGGCUGGGGCUCGGUUGCCGGCUGCUGGCGGCUGGACGUAUGCGCCGCGCGUAGGGAGGUUCGAGAAGCAGGCGGCAAGGCUGGGGCUGAGGCUAGCUCCAGGGCGGCGGGGGGCAUUUUCCCGUUCCCCGCCUACGUUGGGUAAUCUGACAUUUUAAAGAUUUUGCUCCCCUUGAAGAGGAAACAUUUUAAAGGAGCACGGGAUGUAGAAAAAGAAAUCUUCACGGGGGCCUCUCCAAGGAUGGCAGGCCGACCCAUCCCUUGCUGAGAUCAUGAUCUCUUCUAAUCUCCUGGGUGUCUCCAUGUUCUCCAGCGAGAAUUCUUCCAUUUCAUUUUGUGCCAUGGGAAAAACCUGAAGGACAGGCAGAAUUGCUCCCACACAUGUGGGCUUUUUCCCCCUAAGAUUGCAGUAGCUCUUACAGAACAUGACAGUUGGAGAUCACUUCUUUUUGCUGUCUUUUGGAGUUGAACCAAAGAAGGCCCUUCCUCAUUCUCCAGGGCUUUGGUGCCUGCUCAUUUUUAUAUUCUAUUUGUUUCCAUUGCUUGUGCCUUAAAACCAUCUUAUCUAAUCGAAAGACAUCCUUAAAUAAGUUUUUCCAGCACAACUUGCAUGCAUCCGGGCUCCUCAGGGCCUCGCCCAUGGCUCUGUGGGCCAGCCGUCCAAGGGCAUUACCAUGAGGCACUGCAUUAAUUGCUGCAUACAGUUGUUGCCCAACAACGAGCACAAACAGCAGGUCGGCUGCGGAGGAGGCCCCCUUCACGGUCACCCGGAGUGCCCUGCGUGCAAAGGAGAGAACAAAAUUGUGCUACGGGUGGACGGUAAACAGAUGAACUUGCUUGCUGUUCUCGAGGUAAGGGCCGAGGGGAAUGAGAGCUGGGGCAGGUUUCUGCGCUUCAAGAAGGGGAAGCGAUGUAGCCUCGUGUUUGGAUUGAUGAUCAUGACCUUGGUGAUGGCAUCGUACAUCCUUUCUGGGGCCCACCAAGAGCUUCUGAUCUCCUCGCCUUUCCAUUAUGGAGCUUUCCCCAGCAAUCCCAGCUUGAUGGACGGAGAAAACCCUAGUGACGUGAAAGAGCAUCAUCACCAACCCGCUGUAAAUAAUAUUUCAUACGUGAAAGACUACCCAAGCAUUAAAUUAAUUAUCAACAGCAUCACAGCCAGGAUAGAAUUCACGACCAGGCAGCUCCCAGACAUAGAAGAUCUCAAGAAGCAGGAAUUGCACAUGUUUUCAGUAAUCCCCAAGAAGUUUCUUCCAAAUAGCAAGAGCCCCUGUUGGUACGAGGAGUUCACGGGCAGGAACACCACCGACCCGUACCUGACCAACUCCUACGUGCUCUACUCCAAGCGCUUCCGCUCCACCUUUGACGCCCUGCGCAAGGCCUUCUGGGGCCACCUGUCCCACGCCAGCGGGAAGCACUUCCGCCUCCGCUGCCUGCCGCGCUUCUACAUCAUCGGGCAGCCUAAGUGCGGCACCACCGACCUCUACGACCGCCUGCGGCUGCACCCGGAAGUCAAGUUCUCCGCCAUCAAGGAGCCCCACUGGUGGACACGGAAGCGCUUUGGGAUUGUCCGCCUGAGAGAUGGGCUUCGGGACCGCUACCCCGUGGAAGAUUACCUGGACCUCUUUGACCUGGCCGCACACCAGAUUCAUCAAGGCCUGCAGGCUGGCUCUGCAAAGGAGCAGAGCAGGAUGACUAGAAUCAUUAUUGGGGAGGCCAGCGCCUCCACCAUGUGGGACAAUAACGCCUGGACCUUCUUCUAUGACAACAGCACAGAUGGAGAGCCGCCCUUUCUGACCCAGGACUUCAUCCACGCCUUUCAGCCAGACGCAAAACUGAUCGUCAUGCUCAGGGACCCUGUGGAGAGGUUAUACUCUGACUAUCUCUACUUCGCAAGUUCGAAUAAAUCUGCCGAUGACUUUCAUGAAAAAGUGACGGAAGCUCUGCAGCUGUUUGAAAAUUGCAUGCUCGAUUAUUCCUUGCGUGCCUGCGUCUACAACAACACGCUCAACAAUGCCAUGCCUGUGAGGCUCCAGGUCGGUUUGUAUGCUGUGUACCUUUUGGACUGGCUCACUGUCUUUAACAAAGAACAGUUCCUCAUUCUUCGCUUGGAAGACCAUGCAUCCAACGUCAAAUACACCAUGCACAGGGUCUUCCAGUUUCUCAACCUCGGGCCCUUAGGUGAGAAACAAGAGACCCUGAUGACAAAGAGCCCCGCAUCCAACGCGCGGCGCCCCGAGGACCGGAACCUGGGGCCCAUGUGGCCGGUCACCCAGAGGAUCCUGCAGGACUUCUAUGGGCCCUUCAACACUAGGCUGGCGCAGGUGCUCGCCGACGAGGCAUUCGCCUGGAGGAAGACCUGAGGGCCGAGCUCCUGCGGCGGGUUCCACUGUACCAUGAUGGAAGAGUCUCUUUGGGGGUGGGGGGCCCUUUUACUCACAGCGUGGAGAAAACCCUGAGAUUCUUCUUCCCCUCCCAGGCACGUGUUUAGUAUAAGCAUUUGUGGUGUGAAAUAACCUGGCAACUGACCCUUCACGGAGCUCCCCAAUCCAAGGCCACUGGAAACUCCACUUGGGAAACUGAUCCCUCCUACACCAGAGCAGCCAGGCUGCAGGGGUGAGGCGGGCGGCGCCAGGCACGGGGGUUCAGGGGAGGCGUGGCUGGGGGCUGAUGAUGCUGGGAUCCGAUUGAGCACACUGGAGGUCACGCUACGAUGUUGGAGGUCAUGUCACCAUGCCGGAGGUCACGUCACCACGCUGGAGGUCAUGCUACCACAUCAGAGGUCACGUCACCAUGCUGGAGGUCAUGCCACCAUGCCAAAGCUCAUGUCACCACGCUGGAGGUCAUGUCACCAUGUCGGAGGUCAUGCUACCACGUCAGAGGUCACAUCACCACACUGGAGAUCAUGUCACGAUGCUAGAGGUCAUGCCCCCAUGCCAGCGGUCACGUCACCAUGCUAGAGGUCAUGUCACCACGCUGGAGGUCAUGUCACCACGCUGGAGGUCAAGUCACCACGCUAGAGGUCACGUCACCACGCUGGAGGUCACGUCACCAUGCUAGAGGUCAUGUCACCACACUGGAAGUCAUGCCCCCAUGCUGGAGGUCAUGCCCCCAUGCUAGAGGUCACGCCACCAUUCUAGAGGUCAUGUCACCAUUCUAGAGGUCAUGCCACAUGCUGGAGUCACGUCACCGUGCUGGAGGUCAUGCCCCAUGCUAGAGGUCACUUAUACUUCCAUUCAGUUCUGAAACACAAUUCAGAUCAAUACCUUCAUUUGGGCAGAGAAUGGAGGCUCUUUCCUUUCUUCCUUUUACUCCGAAGUCCACCCUUUAUUCUCUUCAGAUGUAAACCCUGUUCACUUCACUUGUAUGAGAGAGAAAAAACAGUCGAAUUUUGGCAGCCCAUUGGUUUCUCGGACCGUCUCCCAUUCUGUCCUUGCUUUUCUUAGGUUUAACUAGAAAAUGGAUGUUUAAAACCGCUUUCUGCAUUUCGUUAGGCAUAGCUCUCUCUUCUGCCUCUUAACGUGUUUCCUCCAGAGCUUAUUCAGUUUAUAAUUGGAAGGGAAGUUUUUGCUGUUAAUGCCAGACUGAGCGACUUCCAGGAACUGAACUCUUCAUGGGAAAUCUGGGUAUCUUGGACCCUCCUCAUGCACUCAAGGUCACUACCAGGCCUGGAGGGUGUUUUAAGUUUUAGUUCUGGCCACAGACACAUUCCGGUGCUCUGCCUUCCCACAUUCUCCACCACGUGUGGCCAGAGGCCCUUACUGUGUUCACAGACUACAAGAUGCUUGUGUUCUGUUUCAGAAACACAGUGAGUGAGCUAUACAUGGGCCAUGCAUGGUAUGCUGGGAUUCUUAAUGGAAAUUUCUAGGCUCCUCUGCAACUUGGUUUCCCAAUAGAUGGACUAAAGGUCUCAUCAUUUCUUGGAAGUGAAGGGGAGAGAUUGAAGAGGACAGUGGAGCACACUCGGCACCCAGCCCCAGGUGGGACCUCGAUGAGACUUCGCCCUGGAGGGUUUCCAAGGGAAGCUUCCUGCGAACCAGAGCCCUCCGGUCAAGGUCCCUUAACGCCAAAGUCAGAAAGUGCAGGUGUCUUCGUGUCCAGCCAUCGCUCGCAGACGUGCAGGUUCGCUCAGCUGUCCAGCCCUGGCACCACUAUCUUUCUGCCAUCAGGAGGUGGGACGCGCAGCCCGUCUGACGGCAUGCAGAGGGCCAUCGGUAUGGACGGCUGAGCCGUCUCUGCUCCCAAAGGGGCUGUGUGCCCUGAGACCCGCUUUGUGAGACAGUGCCCCCUUUCCCUUUCCCUCAAGCCAGCAGGUGGAGCGGGGCCGGCGGGGGAGUCUGGCCUGAGCCCGGGGGCUGCAGGGAGAUACCACUCCGCGUGCAUGUGUACCUAUCUGCAGUGGAUGGUGUGUGCGUGCGCGUGGGUGCCUUUUCUGAGUGGGCUCCCUUCCGGGUCUGUUGCUGAUGAGGCGCCUCCGCUCCGGACACAGCCUUCUUGUGGAUUAAUUUCUCUGCCUACGAACUUGUCAUUUCCAGUACACAUUUUGCUAUUCUACUCCAACCAUGACGACGACAAAGGAUUUUUCCUACGCACUCCUAUGCAUGUGAAUAACGUGUAGUGUAAUUCUGCUUCUUACAGAAGUAUUACCGGAGGUGUUAUUUCCAAUAUUAUUUGGUUUAUUCUACAAAUCUUUUUGUAUAUGCAGGCCCAGCCCUUCGUGCCCAUCCGUGCCAUCCAGUUCCUCUCAAGGGGCCUUUCUCUGGAGGGCGUAUCUGUCACCUCUGCCUUGUCGCGUUCAGGCCCGGUUCUCGUUGGCGGCCCGGGCACCGUUCCAGACGGCGGCCCUCGAACCUGUCGUCCAAAACCAAAGUGAAAGGGAGCAUUUCUCAUGACCUGGUAUUGAAGUGACUUUGUGUCCCCAAAGCCGCGUGUCGGACUGUAUUCCGUUGUACACCCUAAGUAGUAGCAGGGGUGUUCGUGAGCCGUGGGCACGCUGUAUUUGUAUUCAUAUUUAACAGUAAAUGUGGACCCUGUGA